UUUAGUCCACUUUUAAAACGAUAUUCAAAUUGCUCCAAUCUUGACUUAUCAGCAGACAGGAUGGGUGUACAGGUAUAAUAGUUGUUAUGAUCUGGCAUGCAAAUUCUGUGGAUCUUUCAGAUGUGGAAAUGAAGAACUCAUGUGGAUAAAUGUGGAUAGCCCUUUUCUUUUUGCUCCUGUGUGUGUGGGCCACAAGUUUUUGAACUGGUAAUUACUCUCAACUUUAUGUUGCUGCACACAUUUGUUUGCUGACAAUCUGUGUGUCAGGCAUUGGUUUUGGCUUGUCUUCUUGUGUGGACUUGAAUAAUUUUUUGUAAUGAUGCCAGACUGCAAAAAUACAUGUCCAGUGUAGCAGCAAUGUGGCUGCAAUGAGUUCAAGGCACAUAUGCUGUCAGCACAGGCUUUCAGAGUUUGGUGCAAGGUUACCAUCAACUUAAGCACGAAGAAAACUAAUUUUUCAAGGCAUUAUUUUGUUGCUUAGAUAAUUUCUGGCUAAAAUGCUUGAUAAACAUGUUUCUCACAAAAAUAGUUCAAAAUCAAUGUCAUUCAGCCUGGCCUGAGUAUGGCACGCAAGAGAGAGGUUCAGUGUUCCAAUACCAGACACAGAUGCCAUAAUGUGUCACCUGGGCAGCAUGAUGAGGCUUUGAGCGAGUUGGCCCGCUUCCUGAAGGUUGAGGCCAGACAAGAUGUGAAGGCUGCUGCUCUGCAGCAUGUUCUUGGUCUGACCGGCUCGGACGCCGGCUGCCGGCAGCUGAUGGCCGCGCCCGAACUGCUGCUGGCGGCGCGGCCCGACAGCGCACUGGCCGACCCCUGCUGCAUGACGCUGUCGAACCUUAGCCGCGCGCCGGCGCCGUGCCGCGAGCUGUGGCGCCGCCUGGAGGAGGGCCCUGUCACCGUGGACGACCUGGUGACGGCCCUCUGCCAGCGCGACUACAACACGGCCGGGUGUCACCUGAACUACCUGGGGCCGCUGCUGUCCAACCUCACCCAGCUGCCCGAGGCCCGCCGGUACAUGCUGAGCAGGGAUCGAGUGCUGUUUCAGCGCCUGUUGCCCUUCACAGAGUACAAGGAGUCACUGGUGCGGCGAGGAGGCGUCGUCGGCGCCAUCAAGAACUGCUGCUUCGAAACAGAGAGCCACCUGUGGCUGCUGGGUGACGAGGUGGACCUGCUGCCGCGGCUGCUGCUGCCGCUGACCGGCCCGGAGCCGUACGACGACGAGGACAUGGAACAGCUGCCCGUCGACUUGCAGUACAUGGACGAGAGCAAGACGCGGGAGCCCGACGUCGACAUACGCCGCAUCCUCCUCGAGGCCAUGACACAGCUGUGCGCGACGACAGACUCGCGCGAGCUGGUCAGGGGCAAGGGUGCCUACCUGAUCCUGCGCGAGUACCACAAGUGGGAGACGGACGAGGAGGCGCUGCGGCUCUGCGAGGAGCUGGUCAACAUCCUCAUCAAGACGGAGCCCGAGAUCGGCGUGGACAACCUCAAGGCGGUGGACAUCCCCAGCGACGUGGCCGCCCGGCUGGACCAGGUCACGUGACCACACAGGCCGCACGGACGCCUUCUUUUCAAUAUAUUUACAACAACUUGGA